UGAUAAAUUUUUGUGAAAAUCGAUUCGUAGUCAAACACGUUAUUAUUAUUCCCAACGAUUCGUCGUAUAUCUGAAUCUAAUCCGAACGACCGAUUCGAUGGAAGACUGGUCUUGAAGUAGUUUUAGUGUUAAAGUUUAAUUGCAGUAAUUGUAGAUCAAGAGUCGACAUGUUAACGAUAUUCUACACACUCGUGGGGCUUUUUAAUCGAUGAUAAAUUAAUUGAAAGGAGAGUGUCGACGUAAAAUGAAGUGCUAGGAGGGUCUCCCGCCUCGAUCACGGUACGAGAGAACGAACGUGUGCAAUAGCGCGACGUAGGAGCCCCCGGAGUCGCGUGAAUCCGCCCCUGCCACCAUCACCACUCGCCCGACGCCGGCACCUUCUCCGCUCGUCCUCUCCCGACGACGGUGUCUACCAUCCCAAACCCAACCCGAACCAGUCCAGAAAUCCCCACUCCGCGGCCGCGCACCGCGGCGACGGAAGUGUGGCAACGCUGCAGCUCGCCAGUGUCUCGGUCUUGGCGAGUUACUCGGGGGGGCUCAGGCCGAGUCUACCGAGUUUGUGUCUACCGGCGCGGGUAACCCGAAAGCGAGUGUGCCGAGGAUUAAAGUCGCGGGCCUCUUGCCGGCACGCGAGACCGUCUCGCUGCUCGAAGGCCAUAAACGGAUUGAACGUAAAUAUCGAGAAGGGAGGACACCGGCGGUACGGCGGAGAGGAGAAGUUUUCCAAAAGUUUUUCACGGCCGCGCGGAACCAGAACGAUCACAGGAGGGAUCGCGACGUUUAAAGAGAAGAAUUUAAAAAAAAUCGCACGCACACGCGAAAGAAAAAAGAAAAAAAAAACAAGCCAACGAUCGGGACACGUUUCGCGCGUUUGUCGUUCAUCCGCGUCAUCUUUGCCCGCCGCCCGUGAUAACGCGAACGUGCGUCGCGUCGAAUUCUACAUGCGUUGUAUACGUAACCACCCGCGUACAUAUACAAGCAUAUAUAUAUAAAGAUACGAUACGAAGAUACGUAAUAUACGUAUCAUCUAUAGUAUAAAAUAAUAAAUACACGGUGAUCCACGCGCGACCAAAAACAGUGUAAAUGGCGCUCUCCGCACAGAACCAGUCGACGUCGUACGUGAACUUGUAUUACUCGAUCGUCCAGCGUGCGGCGACACGCUACUUUAAGGAAUAUUACAACUCCGAUACUGGCGCGCCCUACGUAUUAUACAAGGACAACAUGGAGAGACCCCAGGGGCAAUGGGGCCCGGGGCCGGGAUCUCUCCAGGACGGGGGACUGUACCCACAGCAACAGCAACAACAGCAACAGCAAGGCUCCACCUCGUCCGGCAGUCCACAGCAGGCCUGUGGUCCCCCUGUCGAGGGAGAAAGCGGUCCCCCGCCUUCGUUGGCCUCUCCCGUGCCCUCACCGUACCCCUCGGCACCGCCCGAGCCUCAAGCCUUAACCCCACCCGACGACGAUAUACAAUCGAAUCAAGCCACCUCUCAGCAGCAGCAGCAGCAGCAGCAACAGCAACAGCAACAACAGCAACAACAGCAGCAGCAGCAGCAGACGCAACAACAAGUCCAACAGCAGCAACAACAACAGGUUCAACAGCAGCAGCAACAGCAACAGACGCAGCAGCAGGAUCACUCGCCUCAACAACAAUUAACGCCGCACGAGGUAGACCGAAGCGAUUGUUUUCCCGGCGCCGGAGAGCUGCAGCAGUAUCCGCAACACUACUUCAAAGAGGCCAGGCCGCAUCCGUCGCCGUCCGUGCCACCUCACAUGCUCACACCCGGUGGUUUCUCCGCGUUACACUAUCUAAAGCAACCGGGGGUUAUGUUGACGUCCCUCGGGCAAGGCGACGGCGGGCCCAGUUUGGACGCUCAUCAAUACGCCAGCCCCGGGGCACCGAACAUGGGGACAGGGUUGCCCGACAUCGUCCAGCAGAGCGGCAAGUCGGGCAAGGGCGCGAACAGCGAUCUACGAUUGUUCAAGUGUCUGACCUGCGGGAAAGAUUUUAAGCAAAAGUCGACACUGCUCCAACACGAACGGAUCCAUACGGACAGUCGGCCAUACGGGUGCCCAGAGUGCGGGAAGCGGUUCAGGCAACAAUCGCACCUAACGCAGCACCUGCGCAUACACGCGAACGAGAAGCCGUACGCUUGCGUGUACUGCGAGCGUACGUUCCGGCAGCGUGCGAUCCUCAACCAGCAUCUGCGCAUCCACUCGGGUGAGAAGCCAUACCAAUGUCCGGAGUGCGGAAAACACUUCCGUCAGAAGGCGAUCCUGAAUCAGCACGUCCGCACACACCAAGACGUGAGCCCGCAUCUGAUCUUCAAGAACGGAAUGACGCCGACGCUCUGGCCGCAGGACGUUCCGUUCCCCCCGGAGGAGGGCAAGGAGGAAGUGGCGUCGACGUUCGGCGACACGGACACACAGUCGGGAGCGUUCAGUCCGGCGCCGGACGCGAAUUCCAUCCAAUAUCCCGCCUACUUCAAAGAUCCGAAGGGCGGGAAUCACGCGGUGUUCGGUGCCGGUGGCACGGGCAGCUUCGGUGCUCUCCAAUACAUCAAGCAACAGGGCGGUACCAAGGGCUGUUUGCCGGACGUGAUACAACACGGUCGCUCGGCGGGGAUGCCGCUUUACGUGCGCUGUCCGAUUUGUCAGAAGGAGUUCAAGCAAAAAUCCACCUUGCUGCAGCACGGUUGCAUACACAUCGAAUCGCGGCCGUACCCUUGCCCGGAGUGCGGUAAAAGGUUCAGGCAGCAGUCCCAUCUGACCCAGCAUCUUCGCAUUCACACGAACGAAAAACCGUACGGUUGCGUUUACUGCGGACGUAACUUUCGUCAGCGCACAAUCCUGAACCAACAUCUGCGCAUUCACACCGGUGAGAAGCCGUACAAGUGUCAACAGUGCGGCAAAGAUUUCCGUCAGAAGGCGAUUUUGGACCAACACACGCGCACCCACCAGGGCGAUCGACCGUUCUGCUGUCCGAUGCCGAACUGCAGGCGGCGUUUCGCCACCGAGCCAGAGGUGAAGAAACACAUCGACAACCAUAUGAAUCCGCACGCGGCCAAGGUGCGCCGGAACUCGAGCAGCGACACCAAACCGCCCGGCACACCGGCAGGUUUGGGACCGGUGCCCGUCCCACGGGGACUCACGCCCACGGUGGUAAAGCCGGAGCUCUAUUUCCCGCAAUGUUACGCGCCCGCGUUCAAUCAUCAGCCGCCCGUGUCGACGUCGCAGUUCCCGGGCCAGGCGAACGGCGUAUCCGUUGCUGGCGAGUUCAAACCACCGACCGGUCUGCCGCCACAGUGACUAACCGUCCAUCCUGCCGCCUACUAGCAAGCAGGAAUACCGCUGAGGUUUCAGCGAUGCUUCGGUCACGCAUUGCAGACCGACGCCACCGCAGCGUCGAGCAUCGCGUCGCACCGAUGUAGCCAGCAGCCGAUCCAACAACACUACCCGUGACAUUUAUCGUACAUUUACUAGGGUCUUUCUUUUCGUUUCGCGGUUCGCUUACUUUCCUCGUUCCAUCGCUUCGCGGAGCCUCGGAACGCGCGUCGCCAGCUACCAAGGAGCUCGACGAUCGCCGCAAUGCCCCCGCGGCGUGCCUCGUGGCUUUUCUAUUCGUCGAACCGGACUCGACGGUGUGCAAUAAUAAAUCGUGGAAGAGCAACGUCGCGAACGCGAAAUCACCGCUCGACGGCUCGCGGUUUCGCCCUCGCGGUCCGCGCCUCUCCAGUCGCGUCGACUUCCAUCCUUAACCCGACGACGAACAGUCGAACCAGCGAAAUUAUUCGCGACUAGACUCGGAGCUAAAUCGAUCAGCCGCUCGAUCGUCAUCUUUGGGACCGAAUGUAAGCGCCGGUCUUUCGGCGAAUCUUUCAAUUUCAACAAAAUCUCGGACGAUUUUCUUACGGUAGAAUUUCAUCGUUGAGUACAGUUUCAAGUAAAUACGGAAGAUAAGUAGCCCGUGCCCGCUGACAAAGGUGAGUGCAGAUGAAUCGAUUUCCAAUUGAUUCCGCGUCGACGCGACUCGCGACCGCGAGGGACCGAGGAAGGUCGAGGGCGGACCACGGCGAAAGCUAUCGUCGGGCUCGUCCGCCCGAGGUACCGAGAAAAGUAUAUCAACCAACGAAGAAUCUCGUCUAUUCUCCCAUACGUAUGUUUUAUAUUAACGAAUUAACGACGUACCUACUCGCGGGUUUUUUUCGUGGAUAAGCGAAUAGCUCGAGAGAGUUCGGUGGUUCCGGGCAGGCAGGCCGUCCGAGGUGUCGUUCGUCGCACCGUUCACACGCUCAUUCGGAACGUGUUCCAUCUGCGAACACGGGUCGAAGAUGUUCGAUUUCGACCAGACUAAUGCAAACAAGCAAACAAACAAACAAACAAACAAAACAAAAACAAACGAUUGUGAUACGAUAUUUAACUUGCCUAUGUUUAAAAGGGACAAAAAAAAGAAUGGGGAAAAGAUGUGAUGGAAGGAAGGAUACGUUGCCUCGAGACGGGAGGUGAACACACGACCACGAGAAGAAUGCCUGUAAAUAUGUAAAGCCGUUCGCUCCAACGGACGAACGAAACAAACAAACAAACAAACAAAAAAAACUGAAAUGGCGCGAAAAAGAGCAGGAGAGGAAUAUAUGCGUGCGUGGUGCGUGAAUGCGUCCGUGUGAUAGAGAGAGAAGAGCGUAUGCGCGUUUCGGAGUCGCGAGGGUGGAAGAGAGAGAGAGGGAGUAUACGCGAGUGGGUAAGGAUCGCCGAAGGAUACAAGACGGAAGGAAGAAAAAAAAUAGAAAAGAAAAUGUUGCAGAAGAAGCAAGAAGGAAGAGGAGGAUGCGGAGGACAACGAGAAGAGACGGUAGGAGGGGUGAGCGCGAGGAGGUAAAGGGGGAAGAAGAAGAGAGAUUAGGUAGGAUUUACGAGGACGACGCGGUAUCCCUCGAGUGUGCUGAGCCAUAGCUUUCGAUACGACGAGUUGACGAUGACGAUAGUUGCGCGAGAGGAGGUAUGACUCUUGUAUACUAUAGUAAUAUUUGAAUGUAUAUUUAUACGACAGGUUAUAUUAUUCUAUUAACUAUAAUGAUGAUAUUUUGAAUCGGUUUUAAAAUCAGAUUGGUGCUGAUAUAACACUAGGUAAGCGAUACGAAAGAGGAGGGAACGUGGAAGAAGGCUGAGACACCGUAGAGUAGCGUAUAAAGUAGGGUAGUCGAUAGAGUAGCUCAAAAGAUGACAAAAAAAAAAACAGAUGAAGACGAGUAAAGUCGGGAAGAGGGGGGAAAAAAAGACUUCCGAAGGACCCUCGCGAAGUCCGCUCAUUCGGAAUUUAAUAAUAAUAAAUAAAUAAAUAAUUGAACGCUAUCGUAACACCGCCCUGGUGGGGAAAAAAAAAGAAGAGAAUGAAAGAUUAUUUCGUGGCAAUACGUAAAACGAAACGAGGGAAAAAUGGUGGGAAGGAUACGAGGAAAUUUCAACGUACUAGAGAAUAGUCUUUUAAAUUUCUAUAUUAAGACGUGUGAUCUCUCUAAUUAUUGUAUAUUAUAUAUAUAUAUAUAUUAUAAUGAUCUAUACCUAUAGAUGACGAGAUACAUAAGUAUAUAUAUAUAUAUGUAUAAUUACGAUUAUACGUAUAUUAGGCGUUCUACGGUUAGUCUUUUAUCAUAAUUAGACACAGAGAUGAUCUGAAGAUGAAUAAUUGUGCGGCCAUAUUCUCUGUGGCCUGUUCGUAGUGCCUCGGAAUUGCUGCUCGCGGCAGUGAUUUGACCGUAUUUUAGGAUGGUAUAUUAAUAAUUAUAUCGAGAACUGCAAUUAUCGAUACUCUGAUACAGUACUAAAAGAAGAAAAAAAAAAUGAAGAGCGCGAUGGAGGUACGAGAAGAAGUGGGGGAGGGGUGGGCAGGGGGGGAUGGUUGGAAGAAUGGCGAAGUCGACGAACGAAGGAUCGCGUCGAUCGACUCAUUAUUUAAUUAUUAGAGAUCUACUUAUACCGCGUUAACAAAAAAAUCACAAGGAAUCGGGGGAAAAAAAUGAAAACGAUACGACGCGCAACACCACCGGAAAAGUACGAGAGAGAAAACGGCAACGAUGCGAAUCGCUCGUCGAUCGGUACUCGUCGUCGAGCGUUAUUUUCCAUUAUUUCGUUUGUUAUGCUUUACCUUCGUCAUUUCUCGUUCGUUGCGAGCGCGCGAGAAGAGAUGGACAGAAUUUUUUAGCAUCAAACUUUCUGGGAAAGUUACAUUUUUAUCAAAAGUUCCAGCGGCGCGAACGGUCGGGGCACGGUAGAUCUUUGUCCCGCUCCAAGAAGAUGGCCUUUGGCGACGUCCGUAAAUUGCGUCGGUCUUUCAAAAUUGCAGACCGAAGGGCCAUUUUAUUCCGCGAUAUAGUCUCGGACUAUAGGUCUCUUUAGGAUUGAUGAGGUAAAACGAUCCUCCUGUCCGCAAUUUUAAAAGAGUGACGCAUUUUCGAGCGUCGCCCGAGGCGAUCUUUUCGGAGGAGCAAACUUUUAUUAUUCCUUUGCUAGGUUUCAGAGUUCCGAUUCCGAUUUUCAUCUGACGAAAGGAACGAUCGUGUCGCUUGUUCGUUGCUCGAAAUCGUAGGUAAGAAUUUUGUCCAUCUCCGAUCGAAACGGGGUUUAGAAGGUGCAUCGAACGAGUCGGGUUCGGAAAAAAGAAAACGGAAAUCAGCCAGUGAGAACCUGUUUCAGUUUAACCAUCUCGUUUACGAGUAUUAUUAUCGCGUUGGUUUUGAUUUGUCACGAUCUACUUAGACUCGCUCGUUCCUCUCUCCUGGUACAUUUUUAACAAGGGACAAUUUCACGGCACUCCUCGUUACCGCGUCUCGCGAUCUGGGUUAUCGAGUUUCCGUGGUCACUCGGGGAAUGUAAGCAUAGAUCGCCGAUAUAUCCGUAUGCCUUUUCCAGGGAUUGUUUAAUUUUUACGUCGACAGCGUAACAGUGUCACGCUGUCCCGCGCUCGCGAUUAAUCACCGCUAUUAAAACGCGAAAUAAAUUCUUGCCCGUCGAAAAAUACGCACCGAGCGCGUAAACGAUAAUCCAAUCUUCCAGCGCCGCGUCGGAGCGACGGAAACAUUAUUCGCCGAUGAAAUAAUAAUUGGUUUAUUAUGUGUCGGCCAACGGUUGAACGUUCUCGCGUUUUAUUCAGAGACAAUCAUUCGUUGAAAGCGUACAUUAACGAUCCGAGGCCGUAAUUAGCGACUCGAUUAUUCGAAUUUACAGAGAUUCGUCAUCGAACCCUGGAAUUUCUGUAUCUUACACCGUUGUAGUUUCGUAUCACAUCGUACAUAAUUUAAUCCAAUUGAAAAUUGAUCGCUCCGCAAUCUACGACAAAUUUUCUUUGUCUUUCUUUUCGACUGUCUCCGAACGAAUCAUUUCGAAUUUCUACAUUACACUCGUCGAGUUGCUAACCAGGCGUUAUCGCCCCAUAGGAAACGAAAAAAGAGACGUAAAAUGAUAGGAUUCUCUUUCGAGUAGUACUCUGGUACGGGUAGGAACACCGAACGAGAAAAUAGUCGAGAUCCGUUGAAGAACAAUUUACGGAAACUCUGCUCGAUAAUAUCGAGCAAAAUUGAAUUUAAAAGAGAAUCUUGAACCCGACGACGAGAAUAGUUACCUAUUCGGUAGGGAGGAGAGAAUUAUACAAAACAUCCGGUGAAACGAUACAAGGAAUGUUUACUCGCAGGGAUAUCCAGGUUCGUUCGGCAAACACGCGAAUGGGUACUGUUCAACCGAGAUCGAUGCCACCUUGAAAACUUUUGAAGGAGAGAUUUGAUGUUCGUAUAGGCUCGGAAAUUCCGCGAACGCGUUGUAAACUAGGAAUGAGAAGAGAUAAAGAGAAGGAUCGUAAACUGUUGUAAACAAAGUGUAGAUACGGACGGAAUCCUGUUUAUUGUUCUAACUCGUCGCGCACGAUGUAACGAUGUAUCUUAUUAUUAACUAUCAUUAUCGUCGCUAUUAAUUAUUAAUUAUUAUUAAGUAUCUUCACGCGAGAGAGAGAGAGAGAGAGAGAGAGAGAGAGAGAGAGAGAGAGAGA